UGUACCCGGAAGGGAAAACGUUAGCUAUUUAACAUUAACAAUCGCUGUUAAAGGUCAACACCCUUUGUUUUGAUUGUAAACUGUGAAAGAACUCCAAAACAAAAGUUAGGACUCUUCUAUCACAGUGGAACAUCAUGUCGGAGGAUAACAACGCAGACAUAUUCAUCAAGGAAACCUCCAUCUUGGAGGAGUACAACAUCAAUUGGACACAGAAGCUUGGGGCUGGGAUCAGUGGACCUGUUAGAGUUUGUGUUAAGAAGUCGACUCAGGAACGAUUGGCCUUGAAGAUCCUCAUUGAUCGUCCCAAGGCCAGAAAUGAGGUGCGGCUUCACAUGAUGUGUGCCACACACCCCAACAUCGUGCAGAUUAUGGAGGUGUAUGCCAACAGUGUGCAGUUUCCUCACGAAUCCACUCCAAGAGAGAGGUUACUGAUCGUCAUGGAGAUGAUGGAGGGAGGUGAGCUGUUCCACAGGAUCAGUCAGCACAAACACUUCACAGAGAAGAUGGCCAGCCAGGUCACUAAACAGAUCGGCCAGGCGCUGGAACACUGUCACUCACUGAAUAUUGCACACCGAGACCUGAAACCAGAGAACCUGCUCUUCAAGGAUAACUCCCUGGAUGCACCGGUGAAGUUGUGCGAUUUUGGAUUUGCCAAAAUCGACCAGGGGGACUUGAUGACCCCACAGUUCACGCCUUACUACGUUGCACCUCAGGUACUUGAGGCUCAAAGGCGACACCAGAAGGAAAAGUCUGGAAUAAUACCUACCUCACCCACCCCCUACACUUAUAACAAGAGCUGUGACCUGUGGUCCAUUGGGGUGAUCAUCUAUGUGAUGCUGUGUGGCUACCCUCCCUUCUACUCCAAGCACCAUAGCCGCACCAUCCCCAAGGACAUGCGCAAGAAGAUCAUGACGGCCAGCUUCGACUUCCCCGAGGACGAGUGGAGCCAGAUCUCUGAGAUGGCCAAGGACAUUGUUCGCAAGCUGCUGAAGGUGAAGCCUGAGGAGAGGCUGACCAUCGAGGGGGUUUUGGAACACCCCUGGCUGAACUGCACAGAGGCUCUGGACAACGUGCUUCCUUCCGCUCAGAUGAUGAUGGACAAGGCGGUGGUAGCUGGGAUCCAGCAGGCCCAUGCUGAACAGCUGGCUAACAUGAGGAUACAGGACCUUAACGUCAGCCUCAAGCCUCUCCACUCCGUUAAUAACCCCAUCCUGAGGAAAAGGAAGCUCCUAGGCAAGCCGAGUGAUGGCUUCUUCAUCCAUGACCCAGAAAACGGCGGCGAGGACUCCAACGUGGCCCUGGAGAAACUACGAGACGUCAUCGCUCAGUGUAUCCUCCCACAGGCUGGGGAGAAUGAGGAUGAGAAGCUGAAUGAGGUGAUGCAUGAGGCUUGGCGUUUCAACCGGGACUGCAAACUGCUGCGAGACGGGCUGCAGGGCCUCAGCUGGGACGGACGUGCCUUUACUGACAAAGUGGAUCGCUUGAAGUUGGCUGAAAUAGUGAAGCAGGCCAUAGAGGUAAAGACACAUUUGCAAGACUGUCAGUAGCAAGUGCUGUCUUACCUUUUGUAGCGUUUAUUAGAACAGUUUUUAGCCAAUGACUGUAGAGGCAUUUUUAUGUGAAUUGACAUGCUAAAACCAAUAGCAUUUUUUUUCAUGUACUCACUUGCAAGACUAUUGUACAGCUGUAGAUAUUCAAAAGAGGACUUGUUUGUACUAUACUGUUUUUUAUGAACAACUGCAAAUAACAUACAAUCCUUAUAUAUUUUAGUUUUUGCAAAAAAGAAAAAGAAAUACUUUGUUUUCUGUACCCACUGGGAGGGAAUUUUUCCAAGCUGCUUGACCAGGAUGUCCACAGUGAUGUGUUUUAAUCUCACUUGUUUUUAUUUAAUUUGAUUCUUAUUUCUUUACCUUUUUAACAAUGCUAAAAAAUAGUAUUUAUUUAACAAAGAAAUCUUUAUUUUUGACCAUGAAGCCAAACGUUUAAGUCUGUCAGUUGAACAAUAGAGGCUCUAAAGCAGACCGAGGAACUAGGUCUAAGCUCCGUUUCUCCACCCACUGGGUGGGUGGUUUGUGUUCUAGGGAGGGGUAGGGAGUGGGCCCUCGGUGACAGUGU